CUCGCUAGAAUUACACUCAGCACUGUGAUCAAAGAUCACAGACUUCAUGCAAUCCACGACAGCCACAAAAUAAAAUGUGAACUCGGUGAAGUCUGUCCAGCUAGAAGGGAUUACCUCAGUCCCAGAAGUAAAGCUAAAGAUGCUGAGAUUAAAAUGUUGUCACAUUGAUGGAGUUUCUAUAAAUAACCAGGCGUCGCAGAAUGAUGAGGAUUCAGCAGCGCAUCAGUAAUCCAUCUGAGGCAGCCGCUAGAUUAUCAUAAAAAUCACAUUUGAUCUACCUGACACAUCGGUCGCGCGCUCAUGUUACUACAGCAAUAAGAAACGUUCGUUCGCUACGUUUGGCUGAAGCUGACAGAAGUAUCUCCGCCCACUGCUCAGUGAGAUGCGAAUAUCUACAUCUGCUAAAGUGCAUUUUGUUCACAAACCCAGCCCUCUUAAUUCAGGAUGUUAGGCUUUGUCACACGCCGGGGAGGGCAAAAUGCAGAUAGAGCGGAAUCUCAAAACAACAACAACAACACUGUGAUGAAUAAUAUAUUUUAAUUUGCGACUUAAUUCUCCAACUCAUCGAAAAUGGGAUUUCUUCACCAGCUACACCUUCUCCUGUGGAAAAACGUGACUUUAAAGCGGAGAGGACCGUGGGUUCUUGCGUUUGAGAUAUUCAUCCCCCUGGUGCUCUUCUUCAUACUCCUGGGCUUACGGCAGAAGAAGCCGGCCAUUCCAGUGAAAGAAGUGUCCUUCUACACCACGGCCCCUCUCACCUCGGCGGGCAUCAUUCCCAUCAUGCAGUCUUUGUGUCCGGAUGGUCAGCGGGAUGAGUUUGGCUUCCUGCAGUAUAAAAACUCCACUGUGACUCAGUUGUUAGAAAGGAUCAGUGAAGUCGUGGAGCAGAAUCACUUGUUUACUUCAGACAGGCCCAGUCUGGGAGAGGAGCUGGAGUCACUGCAGCAGCACCUUGAAAGUCUGAGCUCAGCACAAGGCCCUCUAGAGAGCCACUACGACACCAGCCACGGUUUUACCGUGGGAAGUGUCCUCCGGAACCAGUCGAUGUUCCAGCAGUUCCUGAUCAGAAACCUUUCCCUGCCAAACGACACCGCCAGCCUGCUGCUCUCCUCCCCCAUCAACCUGAAAGAGGUGUAUAAUCUCAUCUUUGGGAUGUAUCCUAAAGUGGGAUCAAAGGUAGGAGAAAAAGAUGAAGGACAGCAUGAACUCCACAGUCCUGGAGAGAAGCUCGUACAGCUGGAGAAGCAGUUACUUGGAGGCUGGCGUAGUCUGGAUGGGGGUCUGAUUCAGAAGGUGUUGAGAGACCCCACUAAAGCUGCUCGCCGUCAAGCUCUGCUCAAAGUCCUGUCCCAGGCCCUGGGGAUCACUGGAGGUGGAGGAGGCCAAAAAUUUGAUCCUCAAGCUCUGCGUGAGGUGGAGGGAAUUCUGUUGACUGGUGCAGUGCUUGAAACACUCACUUGUGGGGAAGGAGGGAACAGUGAGAUGAGCAAAAUCCUAUUGGUCCCUGAGAAACAAGAAGCAGUUUUACAGGCCUAUCGAACGACUGUUUGUGGUGGAAGGGCAGAGCAGAGGGCGGAGCUGUUUAAGGAGAUGAGUGAAGAAUUGAGAGAUCAGAUUGAUACACAGAGAGUCUGUGAUGAGUUGAGUCUGGAGCAGUCUAACAUGUCUGGUCUCUUGGAUCAAUCCCAUCUCGGCGCUCUGCUGAAGAACCUGGCAGAUGUAGAACGGCUCCUGAGGGAUGUGGAUUUGCUAUCAGGUCUGGCCAGACUGCUCCCUAAAGGGGCCUGUGCAGGCCACCUGCCUCCUCCUAUAGCCAACACCACGUCCUGGAGCUCCAACACAACAACAUGGGGUCUCAACACAACAGACAGCCCUGUGGAGGAAGGAGGCAGAGCUGCAGGAAAUGAGGCCGAUGCCGAAAACCCUAGAUCACAGUUUUCUGCCUUUGUUCAGCUGUGGGCAGGUCUUCAGCCCAUUCUUUGUGGGAAUAACAGAAUUAUUGAGCCAGAAGCUCUGAAACAGGGCAAUAUGAGUUCCCUGGGCUUUACCAGCAAAGAACAAAGAAACUUGGGAUUACUUGUCCAUCUCGUGACCACAAAUCCCAAAAUCCUCUACUCUCCCAUUGGCUCAGAGGUGGACAAGGUCAUACAAAAGGCCAAUGAGACGUUUGCUUUUGUGGGGAAUGUGACUCAUUAUGCCCGUGUGUGGCUCAACAUCUCAGCUGAAUUAAGGGCCUUCCUAGAGGAGGGUAAAUUACACAAUCACCUGAUGUGGCUCCAGCAGUUCAUUGCAGACCUGAAGAGGCACCAUGACCUGUUGAACGUUUCAGACAGUGAGCUGAUGAACAGUCUGCUGGAGGAGAACUUCACCCUGCCGAACACAACCACACUACUGGAACAGCUGCACACCAUCGAUAAUGCUGCUUGUGGCUGGACAAAUUUCAUGUCAAAGGUCAGUGUGGAUAUCUUCAGAGGCUUCCCUGAUGAAGAGAGCAUUGUCAAUUACACACUGAACCAGGCCUACCAGGACAACGUCUCGGUCUUUGCAAGUGUGAUUUUCCAGACCAAUAAAGAUGGAUCUCUGCCACCCCAUGUUAUGUAUAAGAUUCGACAGAACUCCAGCUUCACAGAGAAAACAAAUGAAAUCCGCCGAGCUUAUUGGCGCCCUGGGCCGAACACGGGCGGCAAAUUCUACUUCCUUUAUGGUUUUGUGUGGAUCCAAGAUAUGAUUGAGCGGGCAAUCAUUAACACGUUUGUGGGCCAUGAUGUUGUUGAGCCUGGAAACUACGUGCAGAUGUUUCCCUAUCCAUGCUACACUAGAGACGAUUUCCUGUUUGUUAUCGAGCACAUGAUGCCUCUCUGUAUGGUCAUAUCCUGGGUCUACUCUGUGGCCAUGAUGAUCCAGCACAUCGUAGCAGAGAAGGAGGAAAGGCUGUUUCGAGAGGUGAUGAAGAUGAUGGGCUUGAAUAAUGCAGUGCACUGGGUGGCCUGGUUCAUCACAGGCUUCGUGCAGCUUUCGAUCUCAGUGACAGCCCUCACUGCCAUACUGAAAUAUGGCAAGGUCCUCCUCCACAGCGAUCCCUUUAUCAUUUGGCUCUUCCUUACAAUCUAUGCCGUCGCCACCAUCAUGUUCUGUUUCCUAGUGUCUGUGUUGUACUCUAAAGCCAAACUGGCUUCAGCAUGUGGAGGAAUCAUCUACUUUCUGAGCUAUGUGCCAUACAUGUACGUGGCCAUAAGAGAAGAGGUGGCUCAUGACAAAAUCACUGCCUUUGAGAAGUGUAUAGCGUCUUUAAUGUCUACCACAGCAUUCGGUCUGGGAUCGAAGUACUUUGCCCUGUAUGAAGUUGCUGGGGUUGGAAUCCAGUGGCGCACUAUCAACCAGUCACCUGUAGAGGGCGAUGACUUUAACCUCCUGCUGUCUAUGGUUAUGCUCACCAUUGAUGCCAUUGUAUAUGGUGUGUUGACUUGGUAUAUAGAGGCUGUGCAUCCAGGAAUGUACGGACUGCCUAGGCCAUGGUAUUUUCCCUUGCAGAAAUCCUAUUGGUUAGGAAGUGGCCGCAUAGAGACGUGGGAGCGGCCAUGGGGUGGCGGCACCAGGCUAAGCGUGAUGGAGGAGGACCAAGCUUGUGCUAUGGAACACAGACGCUCAGAGGAAACUCGUGGAAUUGAAGAAGAACCCAGUCACUUGCCGCUGGUGGUGUGCAUAGACAAACUGACCAAAGUCUACAAGACAGGCAGCAAACUGGCCCUAAACAAGCUGAGCCUAAACCUGCAUGAAAACCAGGUUGUCUCCUUCUUGGGACACAAUGGGGCUGGCAAGACCACCACUAUGUCUAUACUCACGGGACUGUUUCCACCCACCUCUGGCUCUGCCACCAUAUACGGCCAUGACAUCCGCACAGAGAUGGAGCGCAUCAGGCAGAAUUUGGGCAUGUGUCCCCAGCACAACGUUCUGUUUGACAAGCUCAGUGUGGAGGAACACCUGUGGUUCUACUCGCGUCUGAAGGGCAUGGCUGAAGAAGAUAUCCGGAAGGAGAUGGACAAGAUGAUAGAGGAUCUUGAAUUGUCCAACAAGCGUCACAGUCUGGUUCAGACUCUGUCUGGGGGGAUGAAGAGGAAGUUGUCGGUGGCAAUUGCGUUUGUAGGUGGGUCCCGGGCGGUGAUUUUGGAUGAACCCACAGCAGGAGUCGACCCGUAUGCCCGCCGAGCAAUCUGGGACCUCAUUCUUAAAUAUAAACAAGGUCGUACCAUCCUGCUCUCCACUCACCACAUGGAUGAGGCGGAUUUGCUGGGAGACCGUAUUGCCAUCAUCUCUCAUGGCAAACUCAAGUGCUGCGGUUCCCCCCUGUUCCUCAAGAGCACAUAUGGAGAUGGCUACAAACUUACACUUGUCAAGAAACAGAGUGACUCACACACUGCAGGUGACCUUCCCCCCCUGAUUCUGUCUCCAUCUCAGUAUCACAACUACACACAGCCUCGUGGAAACUUCAUCCUUUAUGCCAAUGAAGACAGGCUUCAGUACAGGAGUAAACGUUCUCCAGAUGCCAGUCCACAGAGGAUUGUUAACACCCUGCGUUCACCCUCUGGAGUUGGUGCGACGUGUGUAUUGAAGACUCCCUUCAACAGCACUCUGGACCAACUGGCCCAAUCCCUGAAUCCAUAUGCCAACAACUCCAAAACCCUGGCAGCCCGCUACUUUGACUCUAUGUGCCUGGAUUCCUUCACACAGGGUGUGCCUUUGUCAAAUUUUGUGCCCCCUCCACCCUCUCCUGCCCCCUCAGAUGACCCAGAUGCACAUUUUGAAGAUGGCCUUUGGAACUACACUGCUGCUCCUCCCACUACUGUCCGAGAGAUGGCAACGUCUCCCCCGACUCUGCCCUUGAGCAUCCGGGAGCCGGUACGCUGUAUCUGCUCCAUGCAGGGCACAGGCUUCUCCUGCCCCAGUGGAGUCGGGGGCCGACCGCCCCUCAUGAAGGUAGUAACCGGAGACAUCUUGGUGGACAUCACAGGUCGCAAUGUGUCAGAAUAUCUCCUGUACACCUCUGAUCGUCUCAGAUUACACAGAUAUGGAGGCUUUACUGUAGGAAACAUUCAGAAAUCUGUCCCAGCAUCCUUUGGGAGAAAAACUCCACCCAUGGUGCGCAAAAUAGCAGUGAGGCGAUCCUCACAGGUGCUUUACAAUAACAAAGGGUAUCAUAGUAUGCCCACUUACCUAAAUGUCCUGAACAAUGCCAUCCUCAGAGCCAAUCUGCCCAGUAGUAAAGGAAACCCUGCUGCAUACGGCAUCACAGUGACCAAUCAUCCAAUGAACAGAACCAGUGCCAGUCUUUCUUUGGAUUAUCUGCUCCAGGGCACUGAUGUGGUUAUUGCCAUCUUCAUCAUUGUAGCCAUGUCCUUUGUGCCAGCAAGCUUCGUGGUCUUCCUGGUAGCAGAAAAAUCCACCAAAGCCAAACACCUGCAGUUUGUCAGUGGAUGUGACCCUGUCACGUACUGGCUAGCAAACUACAUAUGGGACAUGCUGAACUACCUGGUUCCAGCAACGUGCUGUGUCCUAAUUUUGUUUGUAUUUGACCUUCCUGCAUACACAUCACCUACAAAUUUCCCAGCAGUGCUCUCUCUCUUCCUCCUUUAUGGCUGGUCUAUAACCCCCAUUAUGUAUCCAGCAUCUUUCUGGUUUGAGGUGCCCAGCACAGCUUAUGUUUUCCUCAUAGUCAUCAAUCUCUUCAUUGGCAUAACAGCCACGGUGGCCACUUUCCUCCUACAGCUGUUCGAGCGUGACAAGGAUCUGAAGUUGGUAAACAGCUAUCUGAAGUCCUGUUUUCUCAUCUUUCCCAACUAUAACCUGGGUCAUGGAUUGAUGGAGAUGGCCUAUAAUGAGUAUAUCAAUGAGUAUUACGCCAAGAUAGGCCAGUUUGAUAAGGUGAAGUCUCCAUUUGAAUGGGAUAUUGUGACACGGGGACUGGUGGCAAUGACCAUUGAGGGUUUUGUUGGCUUUCUCAUUACAAUUCUAUGCCAGUACAACUUCCUCAGGAAAGCCCAGAGAAUGCCUGUCAACAGUCAGCCAGUUGAGGAUGAUGAUGUUGAUGUGGCCUGUGAGAGACGCAGAGUGCUGAGGGGAGAUGCUGACAAUGACAUGCUGAAGAUCGACAACCUAACAAAGGUGUACAAGUCUCGCAAGAUGGGCCGGAUCCUGGCGGUGGACCGUUUGUGUCUGGGGGUCCGUCCUGGGGAAUGCUUCGGGCUGCUGGGAGUGAACGGGGCAGGAAAGACCACCACCUUCAAAAUGCUGACAGGAGAUGAGAGCACAACAGGGGGAGAGGCCUUUAUUCAGGGACACAGUAUCUUGCGGGAGCUUUUAUGCUUGCAGCAGAGCAUCGGUUACUGCCCUCAGUUUGAUGCUCUGUUUGAUGACCUGACUGCUCGGGAACAUCUGGAGCUGUACACACGCCUCCGCGGCAUCCCCUGGAAAGAUGAGGAACGGGUGGUCCGAUGGGCUCUGGAGAAGUUGGAGUUGUCCAAGUAUGCUGACAAACCUGCUGGCACCUACAGUGGAGGCAACAAACGCAAACUCUCGACAGCUAUUGCUCUGAUUGGAUACCCCUCACUCAUCUUUCUGGAUGAACCCACCACAGGUAUGGACCCAAAGGCUCGUCGUUUCUUAUGGAAUCUGAUUCUUGACAUCAUCAAGACCGGACGCUCUGUGGUGUUGACAUCACACAGUAUGGAGGAGUGUGAAGCCUUGUGUACGAGACUGGGCAUCAUGGUUAACGGCAGGUUCAAGUGUCUGGGUAGCAUCCAGCAUCUCAAAAACAGAUUUGGGGAUGGAUACAUGAUAACAGUACGAACUAAGACCACGACUAGCAUCAAGGAAGUGAUACGGUUUUUCAACAGGAAUUUUCCAGAGGCCGUCCUAAAGGAGCGUCACCACACAAAGAUUCAGUACCAGCUGAAGUCAGAGAACAUCUCUCUGGCUCAGGUCUUCAGCAAAAUGGAGCAGGUGGUGGAGGUGCUGAGCAUCGAAGAUUAUUCUGUCAGCCAGACAACUUUGGACAACGUCUUUGUCAACUUUGCAAAAAAGCAAAGUGAUAAUUUAGAACAGCAAGAAAGUUCCCCGUCUAGUGCUGGUCAGUCACCACUGCAGCGGCUGCUCAGCAUCCUCAGGCCUUGUCCCACUAACACAGAACUCAACGCCCUCGUAAGAGAAGAGCCAGAAGAACUUGAGAGUGAUGAUGAUGAUGAAGGACUGAUCAGCUUUGAGGAAGAGAGGGUGCAGUUGUCUUUUAAUACAGACACUCUGUGCUGAAACAUCUCACAGACGAAGAGAUGUUAAAAAACAAGCCUCAAGUUCAGACCCGUGUCUGUAUGGUGAAAGACAUUUGUGUGUUUUUUCUAGCUGGAGAGGAUCCGUCUCUCUGGCCCAGCGAGUGGAUUGUUCUUGUUUCCAUUUGCACUUCAGUAGCGGAGGGAGAGAACGGCUCUUCUGGGAACUCUAAACAGAGAUGCGGACACAGUCGGUGCCUGAACUUGAUCGGGCCAGAGAGGUACUCCGACCACGGCCUCCCCUCCUGUGUUUCGGAGAUGAUGGUUUAUGGAAUCAUGUAUUACUGUACUUUAUAUUCAAGCCUGCUGGAUGGGAAUUAAAGAGAAUGUAUUUCUUAGAUACAACCCGGCCGUGUGGUUUAUUUUGGUAUCGCUCGAAAUUUAAAUAUGGUCAUACUAUCUUUAAACUGAUCACAUGUUGAAUCGUUUUAAUUGUAGUGUUGCUGUCGUAACAUAAUCAUCCCUCAAGGAAUAGGACUCGUAUGGGUUCAGCCUUUGCAACUUCUUCUUUUUACGACUGUUUAUCCUCACGUUGAGUUGAAACCAAUCUUUUUUUCUUUACUCAGACCUACUUUGUUUAUUUGUACCUGCAUUGAGAGCAUGCUAUAAAAGACAAGCCUGUUGUGUUGUGGGUUGAAGAAAUUUUACUAUGCUUACGUGUUUUGAACAGACCUGUUGUUCUUGUUGAAGAAUGCAAAUGUACCUGUGCACCAUUGAAGUUUUUAAAUCGGACAUUCAAUAGUGAAUGGCUUGUGACCGAUUCAAAGGCCUUUAGUGGAACCGGACUGAACCAGCCCUGCUACGGAGAUGUUUAUGUUCUUGUAAUUGAAUGUAAAUGGCAUAAGUGCUGACUUUUGUCUCCUGAACCAGGGCUUUCUCACUUUUUUUCUUUGAUGAAUGAAUUCUGAAAUUAAUUGUAAUUGAUAUCGGUGUCUGUCUCGGUGGAAAAUGUAUGUUGCAUUAUUGCUAAUGGUUAAAAGCUGCACAAUACCAGAUGCCAGUUGAAAGAACUCCUACACCAGAUGUCAGUAGAAAUAUUCAUAAUAAUUGUCGUGCUAGCACUGUGAAGGCAAAGGUGGACUUUGAGUCACUGUAAUUACAGACGGACAGAAAUCAGGUCAUUGCUCUUGAUUAUUGUAUUUAUGAGAACCCUUGAAAUGUUUAUUGAAUAGCAGGUGGUUUUGACUUUGUCGUUUGCACUGUAAUGUAAUACGAGUGUAAAUGUUUAGUUUUUUGACCUGAAAUUAGUCAAUUAUAUUGUUUGUUUGAAAUGAAAUGAUGCUUCUCCUUCAUGUAGGUGAUGUACAUGAUGGUUAGGUCCUAUCGCUCAGUGACAGUCUAACUGUGCUUCGUCACUAUAAUGGUCUUAUUUUUCUGACAUUGCUGCGUAAAAGAAUAUGAUUGAUAUUUUUGAGCUCAAAGAGAGGAAAGCACCCUCGGGGCAUUUUCAUGUAUGAUGACCAAAGGGAAAUGAAGCAUAGUUUUUGAAAUGUGUAAAUGAAUUGUGACCAGCUAUGUGAAAACUGACCUAAGGAAUACUUAUUUACAUAAUGAUCAAAAGUCUCACUUUGAUUAUUAAGGCGACUGGGCCACUUCCGAAUAUAUUUCCUGCUAAUGGAGAACCUCAACAGCCUAACUAAAGAUCAGUGCAAGCUGCUUUUCACUUUGGAAAUUUACAGUGCAGUGAUUUAAGACACCAGCAAACAUGAGAGUGGUUCUGUAUCAUAUAAAAUAGCAUUAUGGUUAAGGGGGUGAUUUAGUUUUAUCUUUCUAGUCAGUGCUUUGGAAUGUAACUUCAGUACAUGUGAAUAUGAUUCAGUAUUUAUUCAUGUUUUUUUUUUCAUCUAGUAAUACCUAUGUUCAGGUGGAUUCCCUUGUAAGAAGAUUGACUGGACCUUUUCAGCUUGUUUUCAAUUACUUUUAUUGUUUCCAUAAUCUUGUGCUAACUGGGGUGAACUGAUAUUUUUAAUAUUAACAGGG